AUGCGGGUGACAGGCGUGAUCCGGUACGCGGCACUGUUCAUGACUCUGCUGGGCAUGUGGUUCAUCGUGCAGAUGUACUUUGAUCACAGAUGGAAAGUCGUCAGCCUGCGGAGCUGGCUCGGUGUCACCAACAAGCCCAGAAGUGAGCAGGUGCCCCGGCACAAGUGUGGGAACCGGAAGAGCUGCCCCCAGAACUAUUUUGCCUUCAAAAUCAUCAGCGGUGCUGCAAACGUGGUGGGACCCUCCAUCUGCUUCGAUGACAAGGUCAUCAUGAGCUCCGUGAAAAACAACAUUGGCAGAGGCCUGAACAUCGCGCUGGUGAACGGAUCAAGCGGGAAGCUCCUGAAAACAGACACAUUUGACAUGUACUCUGGAAACAUCAACAAACUGGAAGCCUUCCUCCAAGAGAUCAAGCACGGCACCAUUGUGCUGACAGCCAGCUACGAUGACCCCGCCACAAGGAUGAACAACAAAAUACGGGCACAUUUUGAGGCGCUAGGCAGCAGCCACGUGAAGAAGCUGGGCUUCCGGGACAACUGGGUCUUCUUGGGAGCCAAAGGGCUGAAGACCAAAAGCGCCUUUGAACAGUACAUCAAAAAUGAUAGGAAAACAAAUAAAUACGAAGGCUGGCCUGAGAUGCUGGAGAUGGAGGGCUGUGUCCCCAGGAAGAUGGAUUAA